CUUCCCGCAGGCAAAUACAGCUACAGUAUCUCGAGUACACAGAGCACCCUGUCUGUCACUGCUAGCUUUCAACCACUUGUUCUGGUUCUACAGGCAACGGCUGUUCAAGGGUGAGUCUGUCUGGGCGAAGGAUGUUUGACUUGGGAGUGUUGACUCAUUUGCAUUCCUCGCCUUUAGUGCACUUUUAAGAAGUAGACUAAAGCCCAUUUUGAUCACACUCCAGUCCUUCACAUCGCCAAGCGUUACGUGUUCGAAACUUAGAUCUUUGGUGUAACCUGUAGAUCCCAGUCGAGCACGUGUUGUUCAUUUUUGGGUGUGGACAUGUCUACCGAUUGCCCCGACUCCUCAGUGACUGACCCUCAUACCCCUCUGCCGCCUGUCUGCCCCUCUGCCACCAACUGUGAGAUCGCGCUGCUGCCGCUGGAGUUGUUGCUCAGUUUGCAGCGGUCGCAAUUCCCUGUGGUGGGGAACAGCAUUCAGAUCAGCAAGGAACCAGGAGCCGGAUACAACGUGAUCUCCAAUGGGCAAGUCAAUGUGGACGGGCAGCAAUGCAACCUGGUCAACAGCAUCCAGAGGAAGAUUACUCUCACAUCUCAUAAGGAAUACAGAAACUUUCAAGAGACCAUAUUAAGCAAACCAAUGGUCCUUUUCACUAAUGUUAAGCUCACCGAAGGUUCUAAAAAUGAAAUGGUUUAUGCCAUUAUUGUGAACACACGUCACCCCAGAAUGAGACAGGAGAUUGAAGAUAGUAUGAAAGACGUCACAGCAUCAGAAAUGGAGACAAACUAUGUCCUCCAGUUCACCUUGCAAAAAACAAUCCAGUCAUACUUCAAUAUGAAAGAGGGAUAUAAAAUACAUGGUCUUAGUUUGGAUUUCACGUGUGAAUUUAAAUGUGAUUCGUUUGAUGUUUUCCAUCGGUUUGAGUGUACUUCAAAGACUAAGGAACUGAAUGGAAAGAUUCUGGACUUGUCUUGCAUAACGGAAGAUGAGAAAUGCAAAGUGAAAAACUUGUUGGACAAGAUGAGUGAGCCUAAUGUUCGAAUGGACAGUGUAUCUGAGCAGAGUUCGGGUGCAGUUUCUUCACUUUGUGCAGGUUCUUCUGAGAAAGAAGUGUUUAGUUCAUCUCGUGCACAACCAUAUGCAAAGAGGACACCUAUAAAGGAAACUUCUUCAACGCAGCUGCCUGUAGUGAAUGAGAAAUCAUAUCUGCUGCAGUUUACACAAAACUUGCCCAAAUAUAUAGAAUGAAUGCUUUUAAGAAAAUGAAAUCAAACUACAAGUCCUUCAACUCAAAAUAAACGUCCCUUUUUAAUUACCUUGAAUAGGCCUGAAUUUGAAAAUGAUGUGUAUGUAAGACCUUUUUAAUUUGCAUAGUAUUUGGAUUAGCCUGGUUAUUACAAAAAACAACAACUCUUGUAAGUGUUUUAUUUAGUAUGACUUGAGGAAUGUAUGGAACUGUUGGUUCUUAUACUGGCACAGGUGAUAAUGGCAGAUCUUUCACUAACCCAUUACAUUAUUGUUAUAGGUGGUUGGAAAGACAUUUGUGUUUGUUUCAUGAUUUCGAAUAGAGUAACUUUUCAGCUUUGCUAACCUGGUUGCGCAGAUCGCCUGCCAUUUUAUAACACCUAUCCAAUGUUCAUUCCACUGAAAUCAAUGGAAUAAUUGAGAGGUGAGUGUUACAAUAGGCAGAAAAUCUGUUCUGCCAGAUUACAACAGGGUGGUGAAAACACAAAAAUACCCCAGUGUGAUUUAAUUGUGGGUUAAAAAAAGUUUCUUUUUGUAUUACUGACCAUAUGGUAACAAUGGGAUCACUCAAGGGACAGGAAGGGUUUAACAACUUCUAACUUUGUGCUUCUGAGGAACUAUGCUCAUUUUACUAACAAAAUAUUCCACUACUUGUGAGGAGGAAGGAAACUCAAAAUAUUGUCACCAAUGAAUUUGUGCUACCUUCUUUUGUGUUAGCUUUGUUGCUCCUUCUACAUUGGAGAUUCAAUUGGAAAUGAGAGGCAAACAUUUUCCAGAUGGAAGUUAAAUGUUUGCGGGCAUAUUUUUAGGAAGACUGAAUACAGAGCCUUGAAUCACGCAUCUACAAAGCCUGAUCCUAAUGAUGCAAACUUUUUGAUGACCUUCUCUACACUGCCUAAACACUCCAUUUGACAACUUGCACAACAAGAAAGAAAAGACUAGUAUUUACAUUGUGUCUUAGUGCAUCUCAGAGGAGUCUCAAAGCAAUGGGAUCUUUAUUUCUUUAUUAUCUAUCUGAUUAGGUAGAUCAAAGCAUGGUUUACUGGUCCAUUUAAUGACCUGUGUGCCUUCAAUAUAGCUCUGCAACAUCAGCCUAGAUUAUAAACCUAAGUCUCUGUAUGGGGUUUGAACACACGGCGUUUGGACCCUGGGAAAAUUGCUGACGGAACAAAAUCUAAGCCUGGAUUUUAACCACCAAUGAGUUUACAGCAAAAAAACCAGGCUGGCAAGUUCAUUUCCCCCUGUAGUGCAUUUUAACCAGCAAGUCGCAUUUAGAAACUGCCAGCCAACUUCCCAUCUCUUCUGUCUGGGAAAAAUGUGAAAUUUCAAUGGGUUUUGGAAUCUGGCUGCUGAAGCCAAGCAAGUUGGUGGGAUAGGUUGCUGAAUCAUCUCGUAAGGUCUCACCACUGGGAAAGGGACACGAGUCCAUGGCAGGGGAGGCCUAAGCUUUCUUUGUGGGGCCUGAAGGAGCAGCCCUUCUCCCAUCUCACAAGAAAAGUGGAAACAAUUUUUUAAAAAAUUACCUCUACGGGCUCUGAUCCUGCUCCUCACGAGGCUGGCCUGAUGGGAAAUUCACUGUGGUCUCUCACUCAGGCCACUGAGUUAAAAUUGCAGUUGAGUUCCAAUAACAUCAAUGGGACCUGAUGUGAGGAUGUAAAGAAAGGAGCCUGCUAGCUUUCAACGAGUAUGCUUGCUUGCUACUUGCUCAGUCAAACAGGUUAAAGUCCCAAAUAAUCAACUCACAGCUGGUCCAGGCCAGGCAAGUAAUACGGAUAUUUUAAUUACCAAGCCUUUUGGUUUCCACAUGGUGUGUAAGGUUAAAAUCUCCCACAUAGCAUUUUCUAUUAUUCCUCUUGAGUUGCCAAUAUUAGGUCACCGCUCCCCACUGCCACAUUGCUAAGACAGCUGAAGUACACCCAGACGCAUAAAAACAAAUAGAGUUUCUUGGGACAGACUAAAGUAACUGCUAGAAUAUCAUUGCUGCCCAUCUGCUCCUUGGCAGAUUGAGGCAACUGACAAAUUUGGAGGCUUUGUCAAAAAUCUACUAUAUGGGUGAUGAUGCUUGUGCUGAAACUUAAAGAAUUAUUUGGUCUGUCUAUCCAACAUAUGGUGCAGUGCAUGUGGUGCAGGUGCAUGUGGCCUUCAUCCCUCCGAAUGAAAAAGCGACUGCAUGUCUUUGGCGAGAUUGUGAAGAUUGUCAAGUAGGGGGAGUUGGCAGAGCGGUGAAGUUGAAUACACAUGAAAUGUCUCCAAUAUAAAAUACUGCCAAAUUCUUAAACAAAUACUAUUAUGGUCACAAAUCUAAGUUUCAGCUAAUUUUUUUCCCGAUAUUCUUUAUCACCCACCUUCACUUAACCAGGCCAGAAAAUGUUUCCUGCCCAGUUGUAAUAACCUAGCCACUACUCAAAGACUUUAGGAUCCCAGAAAUACAUGACACUAUUAUGCUCACUAUUGUAUAAUAAAAAUGCAAUUUGAUAUAUUCAAUCACAUGAAGUUAUUGUCCUGAUAAUGUUUUGUAGGUUACAUGGAAUAAGACAUCACAUCUUCUGGUUCACUCAAGUGUCUCAGUAUAGCAUUCGUUGGGUGUUAGUUGGUGCUGGAUAAACUGUGAAUGAAUGGGUACCUUUUUAAUAUUUUGUACACAUGCCUUAGGUUCCUGCUUUGACAUUCUUAGGUAAAUCGAUAAGGGUCAUUACGAGGAAUCACGUUUAAUUCAAUUCACUACACAGUUCAUUGGUUCUUUCUAUGGACUCCUUUUGGACAUAGAAAUAAGCAGAUUAGUUACCUUGUUGCAAUAUUAUACAGGUUGAUGCACAGAGAUUCACCAACCCCAAAAAGAACUACCGAAGUCUGUGUUUUAAUCAGACAAGUCAUUACUGAUACUACCUUCAAUGGGCUACAAGCAAGCAACUUUCUGGUCCCUCCAUAUCUUGUUAUUUGGUUAAGGACUCAAUUUUCUUCUUCCCAGCUCUUUGCUUUAUAGCUUUCAGAGGUGACCUACUUCUGUAUCUGUUUUUUUACCCACUGCGUUCCUGCAUAUCUACCGCAGAAUCCAAUUGUUGGCUCCUUUGUGACCAAAGCUCUCAAUCCAAUGUUUGUAUAGGUUGAAUAUGCUUUUUAUGUAUUAAAUAAAAUAAAUGUUUUUUUAAAAAAA